AUCACGUUAGACUCAGAGAGACAAAAACUCAGUUAGACUCGGCUAAACUCAGCUUGGCUAGAGUACCCAAAACUGGCAAACACUCUGGCAUCGAAGUAGUGGCAGUCCACCGCUUAAGAAGUCCUCAGUAUCGAGCUACCAACCAGCCGCAGGUGUGUGGGAGGACCAAUGAGAACAGGGCGCCACCUGGUGGUGGAGGGGAAAAAACACAAAAGCACAACCCACACAGACUGGAUUCCUAACACGCUGAAACAGAGUCAUGCUUUCCUAAUAUGUGCAAAUUCCUCAAAGAGUUUGGGACAAUGAAAGAGAAACAAGAAACUAUGGAAACAAGCAUAAAUGAGAAGCAAGAAGCUCUGGAAACAAGGCUGAAGGAGACUGAAAAACUGGUUCUGGAACUGAAGAAGAAAGGUAAAGCUCUUUCUGAAUUUAUUGACAAUGUAUUUUUGAACAGAUGCAGUUCAGCUUUUUUUCGUAUCUAUUUAGAAGCACAAAAGGUUGUAUUUAGUGCCGCAGCAGGGGGAAGUGUAGCUAUUGGGCCUUUUACUACAGAUUCAACCAUAAUCUACAGAACAGUGAUAACAAAUAUGGGCAAUGUUUACAAUCAGCACACAGGUGAGUUAACUUAUAUUUGUAAUGACAUAUUGGUAAGGCACAUAUGUGACACUGAUUGGCAGAGAGGAGCAGCGAUGUGGACUGUACCGCAGAGUUUCCGCAAGAUUAGGGGCAGUACAGAGCACAUAGUGACCAUUCAGCCCUUAUACAGCAUCACCAGUGCACACUUGCUGGAAUUGGCCUUUGGGUGUGAGGGUGGUCUAAUGUCAAGGCGCCUUCCACAGCUGCGAUUUAACAGACUGGCAUCUAAAAGGUGGAACCAAUAUCUACUAAACUUUGCUGUUCUUCCAGGUAUUUUUGCUGCGUCUGUUGCAGGUACAUAUUACUUCACCUUCUUUUAUCAUGCCGGAGGAUCACAAGUUUUAAGUCUAGCCCUUAUGAAGAACAAUGAGGGUAUUGUGACUGCCUACGACCAUAAGACAUAUCAUGAUGGGGUUGAUAAUGGAGGAAAUGCAGCAUUUCUGCAACUGCAGCAAGGAGACCAUGUCUAUAUGCGGUUGGGUGCUAAUACUCAUGUCUGGUCGGACAGCCAUAUCACUACAUUCAGUGGGAUUCUUCUGCAUUCACCCUGAAAUGAAGAAUACAGGAGUUUUUUUUGUUUGUUUUUAUCAAUUGACCAACAUGUAAAUAAAAUUGCAUUACCAUUAA